GCGCCGUCUGUGACUGAAAGUUAGUUAAGAACCGUGAGCGGUCCGAGUUGUCGAGGAAGGCAAGCCGAAAGGAGGGGAAAAAAGUGAACCUUUAAGCCUUAAGGAAAUUGCGGCGGUGGGAUUUUGGGGGUACGGGCCGUUGGGCUUUCCGCGGGGGCUGAAAUCGAGAGGAGCUCGGUGCCUGAGAGUGAGGAGGCGAGACUGAAACCCACAGAUCCAUUAACUUCAGUGAGUCUCAGGCAGGCACGGGGGGAAGUAAGUUUUUCCUAAUAAUCCACCGUCUCGCUUUCUACAGCAUGGUGCCUUCCGUCUGUCGUGGGACACGAAGUGGGAGCCGCGAGGGCGCUGCUUUCGAGGGGAAGCCGAGUUUUUGGUGAAGUUCCGGGCGCAGCGGCGGCGCGGCGCUGGGAUGAGCGCGAGGUCCGGCCCGCGCGGCUCGCCCCCCGUUCAACUUCACGCGCUCCUCCUCGCGCGGCUGGCGCUGCUCGCGCUGCCCGCGCUGCUCGCGGCCCCUGGCGCCGCAGCCGCGGUCGGAGGAGGCGAGCUGAAGGUCCGGGUCCGACUGGCCGACGGACAGGUCGCGGAGGAGAGCCUGGAGGCGGACAGCGAGCAGGACUCCAUCACGCUGGAAUUCAAGCAGGGCGACGGCACCCUCAUCACCUUCCUAGCGGACUUCAAGCAGGAUGUGAAGCUGUUCCGUGCACUCGUCCUCGGGGAGCCGGAGCGUGGCCAGAGCCAGUACCAGGCCCUCUGCUUUGUCACACGCCUCAGCCACAAUGAGAUCAUCCCCAGCGAGUCCAUGGCUCGCCUUCGCCAGAAAAACCCACGUGCGAUCCGUUCGGCGGAGGAGAGGAGGGGAGUUGAGCAACUGUCGAUGAACGUGGCAGUCAACCUGAGUCGGGCUUGGCAGCUGAGUGCCCACAUCCAGAAUGUGUGCGCUGAGGCCCGGGAGGCCAUCUAUACCCGCGAAGCGGAUGUCAAGCACUGGCUAGACAAAGGAGUAGAGAGCUCUCUGUUUGAGAUCUUGCCCCAGACGGUGGACGUCCAGAGCCUGCAGACUUGUGCCUCCGCAAAGGACCUGUGGCAGCCGUGCACCUGCCGCUAUGGUCUGCGUCUGGAGUGGUACCCGUGCUUGCUCAAGUACUGCCGUAGCCGCGACGCCACCGGCAAGGCCAGCCCCUACAAGUGUGGCAUCAAGAGCUGCAGCAAGGGCUAUCGCUUCCACUACUUCGUGCCCCAGCGGCACCUCUGUCUGUGGGACGAGGAGACCUAAAAGAUCAUCCUUCAUCCAUCCCCACCAAUGUUUAUACGUACUCAGUGUCUCCAACCACACUCUGACAGGGUUGACCUUAUUUAUUUCCUUAUUUAAUGUUUCUUGCCCGUGGAGCAAUGUUCCCGUGUGUGGCGAGUUUGCUGGCCUCCCCCAAUGGCCAGGUGUAAACUGUUGUGCAGACAAACAGUUGCUCUGUAUGGCUAAAAGUCUGAGAUGUUUCUCAGAACAGACCAUCUCCAGCACAUGUAGCUGCUGUUGAAUUUGAUCCUGUACGUGGCCCAUGCUCUAAAAAGGAUCAGCGAUAGGUGCCUUGUCGAACAGCAUUUCUUCUCCCCCCCCUCCAUAACUGUGCUGCACGGCUCCCUCUGGUGUUCAUUUCUCGCACGGUGCCUUUUGACCCUCGACUUGCUUUGCGUCCCUCAGCCGUCUUUGCCGAAAAUGUUGCAUCUCUAUGACUUUUUUUUUUUUUUUUUGCAUCGUCACUGAAACCUGGCAGUCCCUUGCUUGAACACGACUCCACCCGUUGCUGUCUUAAACUGGUUCAGUCUGUGGUUUCGAGACUCGCCCUCUAAGGGACGGCUCGCUCGUACCCGUCCCCACCCUGCUGUCCUCUUUGCCAGGAGCCGCAAGCGACAGCAGGCUUCCCGCCAUCGACACCAUGAAUCCCCGGGAGAUCAUGGAACCGUCUGUGAUGGAACCACCCGUUCCGUUUCGCAUUGCUCUAGUUCGUUGCUGUCCUCCUCAUGUUCUUAUUCAUACCAAUUCAGGUCACCAUAAUGUUUAACUGGUGCAGGUUCAUGUCUUUCUUUUCAUAAAAUUAACUAAACCUAUUGACCACUUUUAAGAAGCCCCCC